AUGUCUGGCAAGAUAGCCCGCCUCCGCCAGCGACAGGCCGCUUCCACGCCCAUCACGCCCAUCACACCGAUCGAAAGGACACUUGCAGGCAUGGCUGCGCCAACGACUCCCGCGACUUCUUCGCAGCCAGACGGCGGGACGGCCCUCCCACCCUGGGACAGGGUUGUCGACGUCGUCUACCACAAAUAUCGGCACGAGGACCAGCGACGUCCAGGCCUGCGGCUCUCACAGGUCGAGUUUGAGCGAUAUCUCACACGAUUCUGGGCCGACAAUGCCGGCGCGGAAAAGACGAUCAAACGCCCGACCCAGACGUCUACUCUCUUCACGCGCCUGCCCACAGAUGUACGCUUUCGCAUAUGGACACAUCUCGUGCGCAUUGUCCGGCAGGGAGAGCAGGGCGUCGCCCGUCGCUCGGGCACCAAGCCAAUCAGUCUAAACCACCAUCCCAGCUUCAACAGCAGCUUCUGGGACGCAUCGUCAAUGACCCAUUUCGCCAACAUCAUCCGGCCCUUGGAGCCGUGCCUGCGCAGCUCCUUCUCACUCUACGCCGAGGUGCUCGUCACUGUUCUCACAACAAGCACCUUUCAUGUGGUCCUAUCACCCUUUGUCGGCCCGCGACUCAACCCGCUUGCGACUCUGUGGCUCAACAAAUAUGGCGUGUACAUGCGCAGUAUCAUCCUCGAGGUGGACAUGUCGCGCCUCGGGCUCGGCCCCGCGGGCUCUCAGCUGGGCCCCGGCCUGAAUGCUCUCGGCUCUCUUCUUCACGACUUUGGAAUCGCGCAGAUGCAGCGCGACGAAACGCUGCCCCUGGAGAAUCUGGUGCUGAUGUGCCGGCGCUUCUACGGCAAGAGGACAGACGGCGCCGGACCGGCCGCGGUGCCCAGCGAUCAUAGUUCGCAUGCCGCCGGCGCGGAUGCACAGUCAAAGGCGAGUAGCGCCAGCAGCCAUUCAUCCAGCAAGACGGCAUCACCAACAAAAGAGAGGCGCGACGUCGCGGCAUCAGCUCGACCGGCAAAGCUAGACGAGCCACAGAGCCAGCCGCAUCAGGACGGCACCGUCACUGCCAUUGAUUGGCAUGCCGUCAAUGCCACGAGGAAAUCCAGCCUGACCAAGAAGUCUUCACAGGCAACCAUUACCUCUAGCACUUCAACCCAAACAAAAGUCAGCACCAGCACCGGAGCCAAAACGGCCAUCAACCAACCCCCAGCCCCUCUUGCGCGGCAGCCAGAACCCGCACUCGACACAAGCUACUGUCCCGAUGCGUAUCUAUCCGUUUGCAACCACCUAGCCCGUCUGCGCGGCCGGCUCGACUCCCUCCGCCUCGUCGGCUUCGGUGAGCAGUACUCGCACCAGCUCCUCGCCACCCUCUUCCCCGACAUCCGCACGGUGCGUAUUCAGGAGCACUCGUACCGCGUCGCUCCCUCGACGGCUUGGCCACUGCUCCCGGGCCAGGCCGCGUACCUGGACGCCGGUCAGGGGCGCGGCAUCGUUCUCGUCACUAAGGGUGGCGGCGCGGGCCCCCUGCCCCUCAAGGUCAAGGGCCUUCCUCAGGGACCAGUGAUGCCACCGCCGCCCAACAUCAUCCGCGCCGUGGUGCCUCCGUCCGCCUACCCUGUCCGCGUCGAAAGCCUCAGCACACGCGCGCGGCCCGCCACGCCCGUCCCUCCCCUGCCGCAGACCAAGGAACGAUCCGUGCCCACGGGUGAACCGCCGUCCGGCACCGACAGUCGAGAAGGCACACCGCGCUGCGCCAGCGACGCGACCUCGGACCUCGCCGCUACCCCCAAGCCAAAGAACGAGAAAGACGCUUCUCGCCCGUCCAGCAUCGCCGACACGACCGGCAGCGUCAAGCCGGAGCCGCACGUCGCUGUCGCGUCCCCGAUCCGCCGCGGCAGUCUGCUGGUGGAGCCGACGGCCGGUAAGUCGGAGCCGAAGCUCAGCAUCAGGUCCCUGUCACACAAGGGCAGCGCCAGGGGGAGCCUCACCGGCAGCGUUAGGUCGAACCGCAGCGCCGUGUCCUCCUCCCCCGGCGACAGGAGCUCCUGUGGAUCCCCGAAGGACAAAACCAAGAAGCGCGCCAAGGAGCGUGCCGGCGCGAAGGACGCCAAGAAGAUACCCAUGAACAUGGUUUUCCAGUAG